AGCCGCUUCUCCCGCCCCUUUGCCGGCUGGUCCUCAGGUCACACCCCCCGUCUGUUCCCCAGCCUCCCUUCGCACCCCUUCCCUUACAGCUCCUCUCAUUGCCCUUGCUCUUGUGCGCUCCCGGGGUCAUCGGGAACUCUGACGGUUCAGCAGUUUUAAGCGAUAACACACUGUUAGAACUUUAAUUUCAGAGUUUUGCGCCACCGGAUGCGUAUUCCCGGGGUCUGAUUCUGCACAACCCACAGACUGAGACAUGACAGUACAUUAAUUGUGCUCUGCAUGGCCUAGGAGCACGGCUGCUUUCCCUAUUCCUCAAUCUCCCUCCUGCACACUUUUGUCUAGAUUAACAGCUCGAUAAUUUCCAAAACCGUUUUAGAACAGAGGUGCUGCUGUGAGAGACUGCUCCCAGCCACCACUCCUUUCUGCGGUACCACAAAAGCUCUCACAGGUGCUUUUUGAAGUACUGGAACCUGCACUGAGCAGGCAGUGCUGGGGCACUGGGAACACCCAGAAACGGGUAAGCACCGAACACACAAAGAACCCUGGCUCUCCUGGAUCUGAGAAUCCACCUGCCAUGGGCAGGGAUACCUUCCACUAUCCCAGGUUGCUCAAAGCCCCAUCCAGCCUGGUCUUGAACACUUCCAGGGAUGGGCACCCACAACAUUAUGGAUUAAUUUAACCCAAAUGUAAUAAUAGAAUACUUAGAGAAAACAUGGCACACUAUCCAAUUCCAGCAGUACUAAACACAAGUUGAAUUUUUUGUGAGUAAAAUAGCACAUUAGAAAUCUGUGUGGUGAAUUGCUUACAAUAAUCUGAGUUUGAGUUAAAAUAAAUUUCCAAUAAUAUUUUCAGUAUUUUCAAAUGCUUUGUCCUUGAUUAUUUAAGUAGAAUAACACCAACUUGUCAAAUUUUUGGGAUAAAUAAAACUCAGUUAAAUCCUAUGCAGUCUCCCAUAGGAAGAAACUUUAUCCUUUAUUAAGAGCUAGAGCUAAUUUUGACCAACCAUCACCAGCUGGACUGGCAGCAAACCCUGCUAGGUGCAUAGUUGAAACACCAGUAUUUCCUUAAAACUUUUUAGACAGUUAAAAAUUUGGUGUGGCAUUAAAACACAUUUUCCAUAUGCAGCUAAAUUCUUGUUUUCAAUACGUAUUGACCAAAACCUAAUGGCAUGUGUGUGAGACUGCACAUUGCUUGGUCAGUGCUGGCUGCAAUCUGAGAAUGUUAGUGUGAGUCUCCAUUCUGGAUGGGGCCUUUAGAAGAUGAACUGCUUUUGUACCAGCAACACUGUUUCUCUGGAAAUACAGCUUUGAAAACAUUUCAGUUUGCACAGGCUCAGUAGAAAUUCCUUGAGUUUAUUAGUUUAAAUCCUUGAAGAGUCUGCUCUUGCUGGGAUUUUGUCUUUGCAGCUUCUGAUGCCGAUGCUGAGCCUGUGCCAACUCAACCAUAUGGCUGCUCCAUACCAGGAGUGGACUCCUGAGUACAGCAAGGCAGGCUAAGAACAGGCACUGGGAGCAGGGGGUCAGGCUGUCACUGAAAGUUUUCACUGCCUGAGCCCAGUUCCUAUCAUAAAUUCGGAAAACAGGACAUCUGGUGAUAGGUCAGAGUGAAUCAGUGAAUUUUAAUAGCCACUGAAGGAACAGUCUGGAAGCUUGCAAAGACAUUACGAAGUGGAAGAAACACGUAAUGGACUAAGAAUAAGAGUAUGAGCUGCUUCCUUAUCUAAGCUAAUAUCUGCGUCCAUAAUUAUAUAAGUUGUUUCUUCUAAGCAGAUUAGGUUUUUAAGUGGUUAAAUUCAGAACAUGGAGAUUCUUAAUUCUGUGCUUGUCAGAUCCUGAGCAUGUAAUUUAUUCUCUCUACAUGAGCAGACUAAUCUAAAGAAUUGGAACUAUAAUGGACCUUUGUUAUGCAGUCCUUAAGCUGGUGAAACUGUGUUUCAUAGUAUUAUAGAAUCUUUUGCCAUCUUGUAAAGAAAGAAACAUAAAUAAUUUCAGCAAAUGUUCCUUAAUAUUUAUUUAUGUGUCUUGCUGGUUUACAAACAACAGUUACCCAAAGCUUCUGCAUGUAGAAUCAUCAAUUCUUUUACAUAAAUUCUGUAUUCUAAUUUUUUUUAUUUGGAUAAGGUAUUUGUAUCACUCUCUACUUUGUAUCCUGAAAUAAGAAAUAACUGUAUUCUCUUGACCAACAGUGCAUUGUAUGUAUUGGUUGGGAGAGUGUUUUCUUCACGACUACUGUUAUCUGAAACCUGAAAUUACUUUGUACGGAAUGGUUUAUGCUUACAGCAAAGCUCCCCUCCAAAGCAGGCGGCAGAACCUAUUGUACUGGUGCACGUUAUUAUUCGUAUUACCAGAAUAAACCAGUUUGUGCAGGAAACUUAAAGUGCAGAGGCUUGAGAGCACGAAGCGUGAAGCUGACGCCAGUUCAUGGCUGUGAAAGGUCCCCAGGGCCACAGAGCUGCUGCUCACCUGCCCCAGCCGGCCGCGCACCGGCACCUCAGAGUUCUCGGGUCCCGGCUCCACCACCGGAGCAACCAUGCCGAAGAAAAGGUCCCACACACUCGUAGCGAGAGAGGCCGAUGCGCUUUGCUGAGCAAUGGCCCCUUCUCCCCACACUUCGAGCCGUAAACGCGAGUGUUGAGGCUCCGCUCCCCGAGCACGGAACGAACCUGUGCUGGCGCAGCCCCUUUAAGGGAGGCGGGAUCCCGGCCGGCUGAGGCAACAUUUACUUCCAGGUCGGGGGGGUAAACACGGGGGAAGGGAGGGAGGGAAAGAAAAAAAGCGAAAAGAGAAGGAGCUCAGCGACGGGACCGGCUGGCUGGGCGCUCGCCGGCGGCACCCAGCGCCGCGAUGGAGGAAGCUUCUCCAUAUUCUUUACUUGAUAUCUGUUUGAAUUUCCUGACUGCCAACCUAGAGAAGUUCUGCACAGAAAGGCAAGAUGGAACAUUUUGCUUGCAGGAGCCAGGAAUGUUCCCUCAAGAGGUGGCUGAUCGACUGCUGCAGACGAUGGCAUUUCAUGGGCUUCUGAACGAUGGGACCGUGGGCAUCUUCCGAGGCAACCAGAUGCGCCUGAAGCGAGCCUGUAUCCGCAAAGCCAAAAUCUCAGCCGUGGCUUUCCGCAAAGCUUUCUGCCAUCACAAGCUGGUGGAGCUGGAUGCCACGGGGGUCAAUGCAGAUAUAACAAUCACAGACAUUAUCAGUGGACUGGGCAGCAAUAAGUGGAUCCAGCAGAAUCUGCAGUGCCUGGUGCUGAACUCACUGACUCUUUCUCUGGAAGACCCUUAUGAGAGGUGUUUCAGUCAGCUCUCCGGGCUCCGUGCGUUGAGCAUCACCAACGUGCUGUUCUACAACGAGGACUUGGCAGAUGUUGCUUCACUUCCCAGGUUGGAAAGCCUGGAUAUAUCCAACACCUCUGUCACUGACAUAACAGCACUCCUCACCUGCAAAGACCGACUCAAGUCUUUGACCAUGCACCACCUGAAAUGCUUGAAAAUGACCACGACCCAGAUUCUGGAUGUUAUAAGAGAACUGAAGUACCUGAAUCACCUUGAUAUUUCGGAUGACAAACAGUUCACGUCGGACAUAGCUCUUCGUUUACUGGAACAGAAAGAUAUCUUGCCUAACCUUGUGUCUUUGGACAUUUCUGGAAGAAAACAUGUCACAGAUAAAGCUGUACAAGCAUUCGUUCUGCAGCGGCCCACGAUGCAGUUUGUAGGACUGCUAGCUACUGAUGCCGGCUACUCAGAGUUCUUAACAGGAGAAGGAAACCUGAAGGUGUCAGGAGAAGCAAAUGAAACUCAGAUUUCAGAAGCACUGAAGCGGUACAGUGAGCGGGCCUUCUUUGUGAGAGAAGCACUCUUUCAUUUAUUCAGCCUGACACAUGUAAUGGAAAAAACUAAGCCUGAAAUUUUAAAGCUGGUGGUGAUCGGCAUGAGGAACCACCCCCUGAACCUGCCCGUGCAGCUGGCGGCGAGCGCCUGCGUCUUCAACCUCACCAAGCAGGACCUGGCGGCCGGGAUGCCCGUGCGGCUCCUGGCAGACGUCACUCACCUGCUCCUCAAGGCUAUGGAGCACUUCCCAAAUCAUCAGCAGCUGCAAAAGAAUUGCCUUCUUUCGCUAUGCAGUGACAGAAUCCUUCAGGAUGUCCCAUUUAACAGGUUUGAAGCAGCCAAACUUGUUAUGCAGUGGUUGUGUAAUCAUGAAGAUCAAAACAUGCAAAGGAUGGCUGUAGCCAUAAUUUCCAUUCUUGCUGCAAAGCUUUCAACAGAGCAAACAGCUCAGCUUGGUGCAGAACUCUUCAUUGUUAGGCAACUUCUACAAAUAGUUAAACAGAAAACAAAUCAGAAUCUUGUAGAUACCACCCUCAAGUUCACAUUGAGUGCGCUCUGGAACCUCACAGAUGAAUCUCCAACAACGUGUCGGCACUUUAUUGAAAACCAAGGGCUAGAACUUUUCAUGAGAGUCUUGGAGUCUUUUCCAUCUGAAUCAUCCAUCCAACAGAAAGUUCUUGGACUUUUGAAUAACAUAGCUGAAGUGAAAGAACUCCAUUCUGAGUUAAUGUGGAAGGACUUCAUAGACCACAUCAGUAAAUUGUUGCACAGUGUGGAGGUGGAAGUCAGCUACUUUGCAGCAGGGAUUAUUGCUCAUUUGAUAUCUCGAGGAGAGCAGGCCUGGACGUUAAGUCGCAGCCAGAGGACAUCUCUCCUCGAACAGCUGCAUACUGCCAUUUUGAAUUGGCCAACCCCAGAAUGUGAGAUGGUGGCUUACAGGUCUUUCAAUCCAUUUUUCCCACUACUUGGCUGUUUCAUGACACCUGGUGUCCAGUUAUGGGCAGUGUGGGCCAUGCAGCACGUCUGCAGCAAAAAUCCCGCCAGAUACUGCAGCAUGUUAAUUGAAGAAGGUGGCUUGCAGCAUUUGUACAACAUCAAGGAAAAUGUCCACACUGAUCCCCACGUCCAAAGGAUUGCUGUUGCCAUCCUGGAUAGUUUAGAAAAACACAUUAUGCGCCAUGGGAGACCACCACCGUGUAGAAAACAACAACAAACAAAACCAAACUGAAAGCUGCAGGUAGAGGAGUGUAAAGUAUUGUCUCUGUAAUAAUCCUCUCUGAUAUGUGUGUAGUUGGAGUAACUUAUAAUAUAUUGGUCACCAUUAAAGUGAUCUGCUGGUAACUGUGGUACCCAAACCAUGUGUGGUAACCUUGCUGAACGUCACCUUUAAUGGCAACCUCGUGCACAACUUGUAAAGGGUCACAGCUUGAGCUGGUCAUGCCUGCAGGGUUAGUGCUGGCUACCAGGAGAUGGGACUUGUACAGAUCCAUAUGCACAGCUGGAAAGAAGACUUCAAGGAGUACCUUGUUUUGUGACUUCUGAGAGAAAAGGUUGUUCCAUCCUUGUUAUUGCUGUUCAUAACACUGUUCACCAGUUUGGUGUAUGAAUAAAACCGUGUGUGGUUGUGAGAUCAAACAAACUUACAGACUAAAACAAAAGUCCAUGCAUGCAGGUGACAGAGAGACUUGUAACUAAGGUGACCAAAAUGUCCAUUGUCUCUUCACCCUUCUAGACACAACUGGGGUCUUGAGUUUCCUUUUCCUUUUGCCUGCAAGCCAUGUUCUUUUGUUUUCCUUACUGCUGGGAUGAUGCAUUUUUACAGUUCAUUUCUCCAGAGUCCUCCCUGCUCCUGUCAAGGUGGGGACCAGCAUCACAUUCAGGGAAAGGGGAAACCCAUUGAAGUAAAACAGUAGAAACAGAACUUAAAUGAGACAGUACUAAAAGAAUGUUUGAGAAUUUAAAUUUUAUAACAAGAAUGGGAUUUUGUUGUUGUGUGACUACUUUUGGUUGUGUGUGAUAUCUUUCUUUUGUUUUUAGAAUACUCAUGGGGAUAGGAGAAGGCUCAUUAGAGCAAAAUAACUGACAUGACUUCAUCAUGGAGGGGGUUGCAUGUAUUCCUAGAAGGUUGGGAUAUUUGGUCACCUUAUUUAUAAGAGACUAAUAAUUUCUUUCAUUUUCUGUAAAUAUUCUGUGAGUAUUGUGUAGUGAAUUAUAUUUCCAAGCCAUCACAGUGAGUGCAAAGUAUCACCCAAUGUUCUGUGUGAGCCCUGUGUCAAUUGCAUUGUUUUGUGGAGUAUGAAAUUUUACAUAAAGAUUCUAAUUGUAACAGCCUAUUUCUUUCUUGGUUACCUUUGGGUUUUGAACUGUGUGUUGAAUGAAACAUAUUGCACAGUGUACAGAUGCCUGAUACAAUGCAAGUGAUGGAAGCAAACUGCAUGUCCAUUCAAAUGCAAUUUAAUUUCAGGUGUUGUUUUUGUUUAUCUGCUUAGUCUCCAUAUUUCCAUGGCAACUGAUUUGAUAUUCAGAGACUCUUCUGUAAAUAUUGGGUAAUUGAAUUUAAAAAGAAGACUUAUGUUUGGUAGCUUACCAGCAGAAAUGGCUUCUUCAUGAUGACUGUAUUUUACUAUUUUUAGAUCCUUUCCCUCCCAACUCCCAUCCUUCACAUAAAAACCCCACCUUUAAUCUUCAAUAACCUAAUUAAUGUGUAUUUCAGCAACCUCAAAAGGUACUGAUCCAGUAAUUUAAUCAGUGUUGCGUAAUUGUUUUUUGUACUAGAAUAUAAUUUUGGCUGGCAUCAUUUUAAUCUGUGGAUCUGGUUAUAUAAAGUUUUCUCAAUUCCAACAGAAAUUCAGCUGGCUGUAGCUUUGAAUUAUGAAGGUGGUUUAAAAAUUAAAAACAGCCUACAGGCUUUUACCCACCACCCUUCUAAGAUGUCUGCUAUGGAAUUUCCUUUACAUGAAAUGGAACACAAAACUUGUCAAAAUUGGUGUCAAUAGAAUGAAUAUAAAUCAAUUGCUAUAAGAUUUUAAAAUAAAGAUGACAACUCUCCUUACA